UGAGUCAUUACUUAUCUUGAAAAUUGAAAAUCCGAAAUAAUUUUUUUCCCAACUCACUAUCAAUGUCAAAGGAAAUCACGAUUCUUUACUUUGCGACGGCUCGUGAUGCUACUAAUGUAUCGUCUGAAAAAAUUUCAUUACCGUCUCAAAGCAUGUCUAUGUCCCUCAAAGAUUUAACAGAUUUAUUAAAAAAACGACACGAAAAACUUGUACCAGUACUUGAAACCUCUUUAUAUGCCAUCAAUAUGGAAUAUGUAGAAUGUGAUUAUCAAUCAAUAUUAGUUAAAGAAGGUGAUGAAGUUGCUAUAAUUCCACCUGUUUCUGGUGGUUAAAUUAUUUUAGUUUAAAUAUUAUCACUAUUCAGAUCAAAAGUUAAGUUUCUCUUGUUUCUCUUACAAAGUACAAUUCAACCUUAUAUUGUUUCGGAUUGCAAGAGAAUUUUGGUGAAAAAUUUUUUUGUUUUUUCAAACGCGAACUUUUUCAUUAUUUAAUAGUGUUGAUUUUAUAUAUAUUACUUUA